CUGUAGAAAGAAAAAGCUCAGCCUCUCUUCGUUUGCUGUUACCCGAAUUGAAAUUUGAAAAAUUGAAAAAUCAAAAACACACUCUCUUCUUCUACGCUCUCCUUAUCAGCUGAGAAAGUUUAUUCUACAUAGGUAUUAAUUACUGAAGAAAUAAUACCUAUGUUGUGAAAGUAGCUAAGCAAGAUAAGAAAAAGAAGCCCCGUCACAAGAGGGUGCAGUACAAUCGCCGAUUCGUCACCGCCGUUGUCGGAUUCGGGAAGAAGAGAGGACCCAACUCAUCCGAAAAGUGAUGAACGAAAGAAUGAAAGGGUUUUAGUCAAUCACAACAUAGGUAUUAAUUACUUUGUUUGACAGAAAUGUCCCUUCUCAGUAGAUUCUUUUACAAAAGACCCCCCGAUGGAUUGCUUGAAUUUGUUGACAGAGUUUACGUUUUUGAUUCAUGCUUUUCCACUGAAGUUUUGCCUGAUGAAUUGUAUCAAAGCUAUCUACAUGAAAUUGUAUCAGAGUUACGUGAGGAAUUUAGUGACUCGUCGUUUCUUGCUUUUAAUUUUCGUGAGGGUGAGAAAAGGUCCCAAUUUGCUGAAACUCUAUGCAAAUAUGAUGUUACUGUGAUGGAUUAUCCGCGACAUUACGAGGGAGUCCCUCUUCUCCCGUUAUCGUUAGUUCACCAUUUCCUCCGUGUUUGCGAGAGUUGGCUUUCUCUUGGGAAUCAUCAGAAUAUUAUACUUAUCCACUGUGAGAGAGGGGGUUGGCCCAUUUUGUCUUUCCUGUUAGCUAGUUUUUUAAUCUUUUGUAAGUUCCAUAGUGGUGAACGGCGAACUCUUGAGAUUGUUCAUCGAGAGGCUCCUAAAGGGUUCUUGCAGCUGUUGUCACCUCUUAAUCCUUUUCCUUCUCAGCUUCGUUACUUGCAAUAUGUUGCCAGAAGAAACAUAGCACCUGAGUGGCCUCCUCCUGAACGAGCGCUUUCUUUAGAUUGUGUUAUUCUCCGUGCCAUUCCAAGUUUUGACUCUGAAAACGGGUGUAGGCCAAUUAUCCGUAUUUUUGGUAGGAAUCUGCACACCAAGAGUGGGCUUUCGACCCAGAUGCUCUUCUCUAUGUCAAAGAAAAAGAAAACUACCCUUCGGCAUUAUUGUCAGGCAGAUUGUGAUGUGAUAAAGAUUGACAUUCAGUGUUUAGUGCAAGGGGAUGUUGUAUUGGAGUGUGUGCAUCUGGACUUGGAUCCAGAAAGGGAGGUUAUGAUGUUUCGUGUGAUGUUUAAUACAGCAUUUAUUCGAUCUAACAUAUUGAUGCUGAACUCUGACAACUUGGAUAUUCUCUGGGAUUCAAAAGAACGGUAUCCAAAAGGAUUCCGAGCAGAGGUUUUAUUUGGAGAAUUGGAGAGUCUAUCCCCGCCCAAAGCUCCAACAAGGACUUUAAAUGGCGAGGAGAAAGGUGGAUUGCCAAUUGAAGCAUUUUCUAGGAUUCAAGAACUUUUUAGUGGUGCUGAGUGGAUUGAUAACAAUGAAGAUGCUGCAUUAUGGUUACUUGAGCAACUUUCUGUCUUAACUGAUGCUAGAGAUUUAUCAAGAUUACACAAUAAAGGCAGUUCAUUUGUCUCACCUCUUGACUCUGAAGAAGAAUAUAAUGCUUCUAGCACUGCUGAUAGUUCAGAUGAAGCGUUUGAUCUUAUUCCCAAAACUUCUACUGAUUCAGUUCUCUUACCUAUUGAACAUGAUGGAUUUCCUGAUCAAAGUAAUGCUUCAGAAGCUCUUGCUCAAUUUUCAAUGGGAAAUGUCCCCUCUUCACCACGACCACAACUAUCUGUUGCAAGUGAACCAACUCCACCAUCUUCAUCUCCUCCAACUGUGCAGCCACUUGUUGCGCAACCACCUCCACCUCCACCACCUAUUUCCAGUCAAACUCCUUUAUCAGUACCGCCGCUGCCACCUCCACCGCCUCCACCAUGUUUUGAUUCCUUUACUAACAUCAGCAGGCCUCCUUCACCACCUACUCUUUCCAUUGUUCUCAAAGAAGAUUCUACAGUACUCACAGCUCUCACUGCUAGCAGAGUUGCUCAGCCUCAUCCUUGUCCAUCUCCUAACUUCAGUAAAUCUGUAUCAUCACCGCCUCCACCUCCACCUCCUCCUCCUAACUUCUGCAGAAAAGAUAUUAGUACACCACCUCCUGCUACUAAUAUGGGUCCACCUUUGCCUCCACCACCACCACCACCACCACCACCACCACCACCUGCUUUCAGUUCUUCUAAAGGUGGCCCACCCCCUCCACCUCUGUCUUCUACAUCUAGGCAAUCAACAUUGUCUCCGUCUCUGCCUCCCCCCCCACCACCCCCUCCACCUCUUUCUUCUACAUCUAGGCAAUCAUCAUUGUCUCUGUCUCCCCCCCCACCACCACCUCCGCCAGUUUCACAUCCAUCAUCUAUGGUCACUAAUAGUCUACAGCCUUCAUCAAGACAACCACCACCCCCGCCCCCACCCCCAAAGGCAUCUCAGACAUCAUCUAUAGGUAACUCUAUUGGUGGGGCACCACCUCCUCCACCUCCACCUCCUUUGGGACGUAACCUUAAUAAUUCCCCCAAGGCAUCUCAGACAUCAUCUAUAGGUAAUUCUAUUGGUGGGGCACCACCUCCCCCACCUCCACCUCCACCUCCACCUCCUUUGGGACGUAACCUUAAUAAUCCCCCCAAGCCACCUGCUCCACCUCCUCCUCCUCCUUUAUUAUCAGGACCUUUGCGCUCUGGUUCAGUCCCACCACCUCCACCACCAGCUCCCAUUCCUCCUGCUGCUCCUCCUCCUCCACCUGCACUACAUCGUCCUGCUGCUCCACCACCACCUCCUCCUGGAACAAAGGGCCCUAAUGCACCACCGCCACCUCCAUCUAUUGGAAAGGGAAAAUCUUCUUCAGGCCCAACUAGUCAUGGAAGAGGUCGAAAUACUGUUGGGACAGUUAGCGCUCCUAAAAAGACUUCUUUAAAACCCUUGCAUUGGGUUAAAGUGACAAGAGCAAUGCAAGGGAGUCUAUGGGCAGAUUCACCAAAGCAGGAAAAUCAAUCAAGGGCCCCUGAAAUUGAUAUAUCAGAGCUUGAAAGCUUGUUCUCGGCUGCCUCUGCUUCAGAUGGGACUGGCAGUAAUAAAGCUGGAGUUCGGCGUGGUUCUAACAUUAACAAACCUGAGAAAGUGCAAUUGGUCGAUUUGCGUAGAGCAUAUAAUUGUGAAAUUAUGCUCACUAAAAUUAAAGUACCUUUGCCGGAAAUGAUAAGUGCGGUCUUAGCUUUGGAUUCUUCCGCUUUGGACAUUGAUCAGGUUGAGAAUCUCAUCAAAUUUUCUCCCACUAAAGACGAGAUGGAGAUGUUGAAGAACUAUGCAGGUGACAAGGAUAUGUUGGGGAAAUGUGAACAGUUUUUCCUGGAGCUGAUGAAAGUUCCAAGAGUAGAAGCUAAAUUACGAGUAUUUGCCUUUAGAAUCACCUUUUGCAGUCAGGUGGAUGAUUUAAGAUGUAAUCUCAAAUCUAUCAAUAAUGCUACUAGAGAGGUAAAAGAUUCGGUUAAAUUACGUCAGAUAAUGCAAACAAUUCUGACAUUAGGAAAUGCUCUGAAUCAAGGCACUGCAAGAGGAUCUGCUGUUGGAUUCAAAUUAGAUAGUCUUUUGAAGUUAUCUGACACUCGUGCAAAAAACAACAAAAUGACUUUAAUGCAUUAUCUAUGCAAGCUUCUUGCUGAGAAAAUGCCGGAGUUGUUAGAUUUUGACAAGGACCUUGUUCAUAUAGAAGCUGCUUCAAAGAUUCAAUUGAAAACUUUGGCCGAAGAAAUGCAAGCUGUGAGUAAAGGUCUUGAAAAGGUUGAGCAAGAGCUUGCUGCUUCAGCAAAUGAUGGGGCUAUCUCUAUAGGAUUCCAAAGGGCAUUAAAAAGUUUCCUUGACACUGCUGAAGCUGAAGUUAGGUCACUUAUCUCCUUGUAUGCUGAAGUGGGAAGGAAUGCGGAUUCUUUAUCCCAAUACUUUGGAGAGGAUCCAGCUCGUUGCCCCUUUGAACAAGUGACACAAAUCUUAGUCCUUUUUGUGAAGAUGUUCAAUAAGGCGCGGAAUGAGAAUGAAAAGCAGGUUGAGGCUGAUAAGAAGAAACUGGAAAAGGAAGCUUUAAAAGAGCGAGCAACUGCUAAUUUAUCUGCAAAAAAAGACGGUGUUGAUAGUGAUUGGUUAAAACUUGGUUCUCAAAUCCAGAAACACCCUUCGUGAUCUUACAAAUGCUGAUCUGCAAAUAUCGAUACUAACCAGAUGUUGCUUGACAUUUGGGCCACAAGUUGUAUGGUGAAUCGCAUAGAAAGCUGCAGGCCAGUGUUAAAGGUUUAUAACUUGCACAGAAUCAUCAGUUGUUCAGCAACUUGGUUGUAGCUUUUCUUUGUCAUUAGAGAUGACUCGCAAGUUGCUGUCAGUGCUUUAAGUUGGAUAGACUGCAGAAAGGACAGCAGGAUCAGAUGAAUUUCUGAGAGCUGGUGUUAAAGACAACCAUUGCAACUGAAGGCUUGAAGCUUCAGUUGUAUAUCGAGACAUUUCCUCCCAGCAGCAUCGUAAUUCAAGUAAAUAUAACCUUUCUAUCAGCUCCUAUACUUCACGUUCAUGAGGCGGCUUAUUAUAUUACUUUUUGCAGCACUGAGGGAGUAGUAUGUACUAAUAUUUUAGGGCCUUUCCCUUCUUAAUUAUAGAACAAGACGCGUAUAGUUCAUAAGGUAGCCUCUUGAUAGAUUAAUGACAUCAUUUAUUUUUAUUAAGCUAAUUCUUUGAGCAAUAUAAGCCAUUGUAGAUGUAAUAAGUAACUUUGAGUUUAUGUAAUAUGUGCAUAGUAAUGAAACAGCAAUUAGGUCCCUGAGAAGAAUGAAGUUGAAGGUAUUAUGAAUUGCAGGUUACAUGAAAAUUGCAUUAGCAA